UGAACUACAUUUAAACUACAUUUCCCAUCCCUCUAACGGACCGCCCCAUCGCUGGGAUCAGCACAGUGUGAUUGGUUGGUUGUACGCCGAAUGCCAGCACGCUGAAUGUGAUUGGCUGCUGUGUGAGCGCGGGGUCCCGGAUGUAGUGGCUGGUGGAACUAUAUAGCGAACUGAAAGGCGGGUAACUCAGUUUAAACGAAGCUCUCUGGAUUUGUGUCCGCGCUCUACGGCAGUUAGAUUCGCACAAUGGCUGGAGGAAAAGCUGGUAAGGACUCAGGAAAGGCGAAAGCCAAGGCUGUUUCUCGCUCCCAGAGGGCAGGACUGCAGUUCCCUGUUGGACGUAUUCACAGACAUUUGAAGUCCAGAACCACAAGUCAUGGGCGUGUAGGAGCCACUGCAGCUGUUUAUAGUGCUGCUAUUCUGGAGUACCUGACUGCUGAGGUUCUUGAGCUGGCAGGAAAUGCUUCCAAAGAUUUGAAGGUGAAGCGUAUUACCCCCCGCCAUUUGCAGCUCGCCAUCAGAGGUGAUGAGGAGCUGGACUCCCUCAUCAAAGCGACCAUUGCUGGUGGUGGUGUCAUUCCCCACAUUCACAAGUCUCUGAUUGGAAAGAAGGGACAGCAGAAGACCGUGUAACCUGUUGGGCGAAUAGCGUAUGAGUCAUCUCAGGACGUACUCUGAAAGAUUCCAAUGUGUGUUCAUGUAGAUUGGUAUAGUUUCAUUACCUUGUGUUUGGCUUUGCAUUUACUCAUUUCUGGGGUAUUUUUUUAAGACAUGGCUUCAAAGAAGCCAAUUUUUAUUUUGUUGGGGUUUAAACUGUAGUGUACUUUGUGAUUUUUAAUCUGCAAGUUUGGUUAUUCGCUUUGAACCUGUGAAGUCUGGGGGUUUUAUUCAAAUAAAGCUUAGUGCACUGCA